GGCGUUGUGACAAAUUCUAAUAUUACGCUGGUCGACGAGGUCAGCGGUAUCCUCGGCUUAGGGUUUCAGAGACAGUCAGAGAUAUCUGCGAGCGCCACGAACGCCACGUCGUUUUGUUCGACCUUGGCUCAGCAAGGCAUACUGGAAUAUCCACUUUUUGGGCUAAGUCUUACGAGAAACGCUACUGGAACGCUUACCCUUGGGCAGUCUCCACCGGGGGCUAUUGAUGUAUCUGUCGCGCAAAACCUCAGCCAGGUCGUGCCGUUCUCUCCGGUUUGUACGCAAACCAAUACAUCUGGCUACUUCUACUGGGCGAUCCCUCUGAGCAGUUUCGCGUACACUCCCCAACCAACCUACCCUUGUCCAACUGGCAAUACGUUCUAUUGGAUGUGUCUCUGCCACAGCGGCACUCCAGGACUGUAUGGCCCAUAUCAAGAUGUCAGCUCCCGAGUUUCUUGUCAAAUGACUCGUUUUCAUGUUCUUCCAGGUAAUACGACUGUACAUUUCGUUUCUCAGUAG